ACCACCAGUCCUCUGCGCACGUCGACAGGAUUCCCAUCAGCCUAAGUAGGAGCUGCAGGAGAAGUCAAUGAAGGUGUGUCGGUGAAGUGACGCCUUCGUGCGACAGCGGCACUUUCGCCCUGGUCUCCUUCUUUCCGGUAGGAUCACGCGGAGCAGCGAAGAAACUCCCAAGUCCAUUCCUUGAGACGGCGAUCGGGCUUCGGCCUCAGGUGCAUCUCUGAGGCGGAGCGACGCGGAGGUCCAGGUGUCCUGGAGGCAUGGACUGUAACUGCGUCAGUGAUCUGCUGCUCCCCCCGGUGCCCGCCCUCUGGACGCCAGGGAUCGCCUUCCCAGAGUGGGCCUACAAGCCCGAGUCGAGCCCCGGCUCCAGACAGAUCCAGCUUUGGCACUUCAUCCUAGAGCUGCUGCAGAAGGAGGAAUAUCAGGGGGUGAUAGCCUGGCAGGGAGAUUAUGGGGAGUUUGUCAUCAAGGACCCAGACGAGGUGGCCCGGCUGUGGGGGAUAAGGAAAUGCAAACCUCACAUGAACUAUGACAAACUGAGCAGAGCACUGAGGUAUUACUACAACAAGCGUAUUUUGCACAAAACUAAAGGGAAGCGUUUCACCUACAAGUUUAACUUCAGUAAGGUUGUGUUGGUGAACUACCCCAUCCUGGACAUGGCCAGCUCUCCCUUCUUUCUGGCCCAGAACCACUUCAACGGGAGCUCCACCACACCCGACUGCAGCCCAGAGGCCAUACAGUCCUUGUUUCCUCGUUUGCCUGACACCAGCAGGGGAACAUCCCUAUUUGAUCGGGGGACCACGGCACCAGGACCUGAAGGAGACAAACUGAGACUGGACUCCUUUCCUUUCCUAAGUUCAGGUGCCCCAUGCUAUUCAAAACCCCCGUCCCUGCUGGGCCCGUACCCUCGCAGCCCACCCUUUGACUACCCCUGGGGCUUCAACCCCUACCUCCCAGGGGCCUUCUCUCUCAACAACUGCCCCAAACUGCCCCCUGGCUCCCUCUACCCCUCCCAGUUUUACCCCAACCCCUUGCAGAGCAGCCUUUCGCAGCUGCCUCACCCCUUCUCCUCCCUGCUCCCGCCUGGGGAGGCAGGUGGGGGUGAGAGGGGAGCAGCGGGGCAAACUGGCGGGACAAACGGCACAGCAGGUGGUCAACCAGCCAGACUCUGCCUGCCACCCUACCAGGGCCUGUCGAUGGGUCGGACAGACAUUGGCAACGGGGCGACAUUGGGAGAAAGGGUGGAGCCCAAUCCUCCGAGUAUGGGGUUGAGUUUGGGCCUGGGAGCGGUCACCUUGGGAGCCGGGACUGGGACAGACCAGCAGAGCCCCACAGAGAGAAGAGGAGGGGUGAAGCAGGACCCAGAGUCAGACUCAGACCUGGAGAUAACAGAUCUGAGUGACUGCAGCUCGGAGAACGAAAAUGAGCAUGAAUUUGGCAUCGGGAAGGAAUCCAGCCAUGCGAACCGAUCACAGCUUGUGUUAGAUGGGAAGAAAGGGAGCGUGUUGCCUCCCAUCUCCUCUCUUCCUCCACCAGUGUCCCCACAUCCACUCAAGAGCUUGAUGCCCAUUACUCCUCCUCCCCCAUCUCUGCCUCCAUCGCUUUCGCCUUCAAUGGCUCUGCAUGAAAGACACAGGGAGACAGAGACUCUCAAACUGAUACACAGCUAAGACAUUUUCUGAUGUGUCCACCAUCUUGCCAGUCUAUGCUCUGAUAACUCUCUUCUUCUCUCCUUUUGUUUCACUGAGACAAUUGUUUCACUUUAAAUCAUCAGAUCUUUUCAAACCCUUUUCCAGGAAAAAAAGGCAGUUAACUUCUCUUACUUCUAAACCUGCUCUUUUCCUGUCUGCUGCGCAAGUUUUGAACUUGCCAGCAGUCCAUUACACUACUGAUUCAUCCAUCUUAGAAUAUACAGGGUGUACAGUUUUUAGAGUGUCGGCUGUCUUGUCCUUUUUAUUUUGAUCU